GAGCCAGCUGGUCACCUGAGGAGGUCCAUGCGUUGUUAAGACUCUGGGCAGAUGGGAGUGUUCAGGAGCAGCUUCUCUCAUCAGUGAGAAACAAGAGUCUUCACCAAACUUAGUUCCGAGCUCGCUGCCCUCGGAUCUACGAAGACAUCUAAACAGUGCAGAGAGAAAAUAAAAAAGCUGAAACAGGAAUACAAAAAAAUCAAGAAUGACACUAGCAAAAAUAGUUCCAAUAUUCGUGGAACAAGAUGGUUUGCCAUCAUGGAUGCUGUUCUCAGUCAGCGAACAAGAACUUCAAUGCUUUUGGAGUCGACUCCGCUUAAGUCCUUGCCCGAGGCAGAACACUCUGGUUCCCGUUUAACUCUCUCCUCCCUACGUCUCCUUGCUCCACCAUUACGCCUGAUGUCAGCAUUCCUGUGGCAAGUGGCUCAGCAGCAUACUGUAAAGCAUUUUGGGAAACUGGAAGAGUUUGUGACUUUGGUGACAGAGGUGGUUCCAGAGCUGCUGAGUUCCAGGCAGAGGACCCAACUCCUCCUGGGUCUGAGAGCAACGCUGGUUCUAGAGUUAUGUCGUAAUGAAUGCACAGCUGACCUCGUGACCAUCCAGCCUCACCUGGAUAAAAUCCAUUCUUUGACAGAAUUCUCUGUACACAAAGAGAGUAAUGAUGAUGAGUUGAAGGCUACAUUGUCUAAUUUUGUGGAAUUGGUCCAAACCCUGCUGGAAGACCCUUCUGAGAGGGAGCACUUCUUUCAGGUGGUGUUCCCAAUACACUACGGCCCUCGGUAUGACACAGCACUGCGGGUACUGGUGUGGGAGUUCCUCUCCAGACUGGAGGAGCUGCUACCUGUACCAGACUUCACACAGACGGCAGCAUGGCUUGGUGCAGGCCCCUCUGUCUUGGAGGAAUGUGGACAUGCCAUAUUUGACACUGAAGAGCUGAAGACACUUCUGCAGCACCAUCAGCAUCAUGGAAACCUGAAAAAGAGUUAUUUAUCUUAUUACACUGCAGAUACCAUCCUAUCCACACUGUCCCUCCCUCCAACAAUAAGAGUUGUCAUUGGCUCUGAGCAGCCCAGCUCUGACAAAACGAGAGAUGGAGAAGAGCGAGAAGGACAACCUAAUGGGGACAGAGAGGAGGAGGAAAUGGAAGAGAGACAGAAUGAAGAGAACUGGGAAGAUGAAGAUUGCAAUGAAAUAAGUUAUAUAAGGCAGGAUUUGGAGCAACAGGAGCAGAUGGGCAUUUCAACGGCAGAGACGUCUGCUCUGUGUAUCCCAAUGCCCAAUAACGGAUUUAAUGAUGAAAUGUCAUCCCGCAUCCUUGCCUGCUCCCUAUGCCCAUUCAAUCACAUUGAAAUUGCAAAACUCCACCAGCACAUCAGGAUUAGGCAUCGAGGAGAGGACCGGAAGCUUUUAUGUUCUAAGGAAUCUGGGACUGAUCACCCCUUUCCCUCAAGCAGCACUAAAAUAAUCCCCUAUGCACCAAUAAUCAAGACUCACAAAUGCACUCAUUGUGGUAAAGUUUUCAAAUGCUCCAAAACCCUGAAAGUACAUAUAGGAAUUCACACAUUGCCAUUCCAUUGUAACCAGUGCGAGAAAAGAUUUUCUUCCAGGUGUGGUCUGAAAAAACAUCAGCGAGUUCACACAGGGGAAAGACCAUUCAAAUGCUCUCACUGUGACCGAAAAUUCAUGUGUGCAGGUUCACUCAAAUGGCAUGUGCGCACACACACUGGGGAGCGUCCCUACUGUUGCACUAUUUGUGGGAAAACAUCUGUCCAACAUCUAGCAAGACACAUGCGGAUGCAUGCAGGGGAGAAAAACUAUUUAUGUAGCAUCUGUGGUAAGGCAUUCCUUAGCUCAGGAGAACUGAGGUUGCAUACACGAUCACACACAGGAGAAUGUCCCUACACCUGUAAACAUUGUGGAAAGGGCUUCAAAGCAUCAUGCCAUCUAACACUUCAUAUGCGAUCUCACACAGGAGAGCGUCCAUACCCCUGCACCCUGUGCACAAAACGUUUUACUACGGCAAGAGGCCUUAAAAGACACACGCUUACUCACACUGGCGAAAAACCUCACCAGUGCUACAAGUGUGGGAAGAGAUUUUCUGUAAGGGGAAAUCUGAAUACACAUCUUAAAAGUCAUAGAUUUUAGGAUGGGAUUCUGCAGGAGCAGUCUCAUAGAAUUGACUUUAAUUAAAAUAUAAACAAUUUCAUUAAAUACUGAACAAGUUUU